CUCCGCUCAUCGAUUAUCCACCUUUGCAAGUUGCUUCAUCCACUGUACAACACCAUACAAUUAAUGCGCUGCUCUGUGUAUAUAUACACACAACACUCACUUUUGUUCGAUUCUCAAUUUGAGAAGUAAAUCCAAACUCAAUAAAAUGGCUUCAAAUUCCAGCACCAACAACGCUGGCUACCCCAUCAAAACCAUCGUCGUUUUGGUUCAAGAAAACCGUUCCUUUGACCACAUGCUCGGUUGGAUGAAGUCCCUCGAUCCGAAAAUCAACGGUAUCACCGGUUCAGAGUCUAACCCGAUUUCCACAUCCAAUCCCAACUCGAAUCUGGUUCAAUUCUCGGACCAGUCGGUCUAUGUUGACCCGGACCCAGGUCACUCGAUCCAAGACAUUUACGAGCAAAUCUUCGGAGAGCCUUGGAGCGAAGCCUCAACGGCAAAGAAAUUGCCACCGACCAUGCAAGGCUUUGCCCAAAAUGCCGGGAGGCAAGCAGUGCCAAAGAAUGCGACGGCGACGAUGAUGGAGACGGUAAUGAAUGGGUUCAAACCGGAUUUAAUUCCGGUUUAUAAAGAGUUAGUUAAGGAAUAUGCGGUUUGUGACUGUUGGUUCGCUUCGGUUCCCGCUUCGACCCAACCGAACCGGCUCUAUGUGCAUUCUGCCACGUCACAUGGGUUGACAAGUAAUGACACCAAUAAGCUUAUUGGGGGUUUGCCUCAAAAGACGAUAUUUGAUUCUUUGGAUGAAAAUGGGUUCAGUUUUGGGAUCUAUUAUCAGUCUCCACCCGCCACCCUUUUCUAUAGGAAUCUUAGGAAACUGAAAUACGUAGAUAACUUCCGUCCAUUCGAUUUGUUCAAAAAGCAUUGCAAAGAAGGGAAAUUACCAAACUACGUGGUGAUUGAGCAAAGAUUUUUUGACUUGUUAUCAAUACCAGGGAACGAUGAUCACCCAUCUCAUGAUGUUUCGGAGGGUCAAAAGUUUGUGAAAGAAGUGUAUGAGGCACUAAGAGGUAGCCCACAAUGGAAUGAAACAUUGUUUGUGAUUGUAUACGAUGAGCAUGGAGGGUUUUAUGAUCACGUGCCAACCCCUGUGGAAGGAGUGCCUAGUCCAGAUGAUAUUGUGGGCCCUGAACCAUUCAAGUUUCAGUUUGAUAGACUUGGUGUGAGGAUUCCAGCCAUCAUUGUUUCUCCAUGGAUUGAGCCAGGCACAGUGUUACACGGACCUUCGGGACCAUCCCCAACAUCACAAUACGAGCAUUCUUCUAUACCAGCAACUGUGAAGAAAAUAUUCAAUUUACCUGAAUUUCUAACAAAAAGAGAUGCAUGGGCUGGAACAUUUGAAGGUCUUUUAACUAGAAGCAGCCCAAGAACUGAUUGUCCAGUGAAAUUGCCUGAACCUGUAAAACUACGAGAAGCUCCUGCUCAAGAAAAGGCCAAGUUGAGUGAAUUUCAAGAAGAAUUGGUACAAAUGGCAGCAACUCUGAAUGGGGAUCAUAGAAAGAGUAUAUACCCCGACAAGUUAACUGAGAACAUGAGUGUUCCGGACGCAGUUAAAUAUGUUGAAGAUGCAUUCAAUACAUUCUUGAAUGAGUGUGAGAAGGCAAAGCAAAAUGGUGCUGAUGAGUCUGAAAUUGUCGAUUGUGCUGAUGGAUGUAGUAGUGCACCACCCGAUUCCAAAAAUUUCUUUUACAAUGUGCUGUCUUGUAUAACAUGUAAUCGAUAAUUAAUCAAGCUUGCACACAUUUUACAUUAUAUAUAAAUCCUGCCAGAAACACGUACGUGCUGGCAUGUACUGGCUAUUCAUGGAAUCUAUGUUGAAUAAAAAAAACAUGUAUUUAUUUUGUAAUAUAUAUCAGCCAUCUAAUUAAUUUCA